GUAGGUUUUACUAUGAUGAUGUCACAACAUAAGGGAGAGGAGGGGUGAACAAUGGCCCGUGAACGAAAAUGAGUUCAGAGGACAGCUGCUGAACCAGAGGUGGACGAGAGGGGACAGAGACAGCAGCUGUGAGACCAAAAGGACGAGGAGAGGCAAAAUGAGUCAGGAUGCAGACGAGAAGCGGACGCGGACGCGCUCCAAGGGCAUCCGAGUGCCCCUGGAGCUUGCUGGCCAAGAACUGAGUUGUCCUAUUCAGGGAUGUGAUGGCCUGGGUCACGUCAGUGGAAAAUACGCACGGCACAGAAGUGUGCUAGGCUGCCCUCUGGCCAAGAAAAGGAAACAAGAGGCGGAGGCGGACGAAAAUCAACCCGCCCCAAAGAAGAAGUCCAAUCCCCUGAAGCUGGCCAUGGACGACGGCUUCAACGCCGACAGUGACGCGAGCAGCGAGGCGGAGACCAAGGAGGAAGGAGCCGAGUCGGACGAAGAGGCAGCCGCGGCCGAGAAGAACACAGAGCCGGCCGAGAAGGAGAGCACUGCAGAGCGACUGGAAGAUGAAAAUACACCAGCUAGUCCUAAAGAGAAAGAGCCAGAGACCGAAGUGGCCCCACCCUCUGAUACAGACUUCCCCAAAGAGCCAGAGGAGACCACACCCAUCCAGCCGGUUACUAUGGAGGCAGACAGUGAGGCGGCACUUCAGGUCGCCGAGGAGAUCCAGGCAGCGGAGGACGAAGACGAGGAGGACGAGGAGAUGAGCGAACAGGACAGAAUGAGGCAGCAGCUGAAGAACGACUCGGCCCCAGAGCCGACCACCGCCGAGGAGGAGGAGGAGGAAGACGACAACGAGGAAGAGGGGGAGGAGGAAGAGGAGGAGAGACAAUGCUCAGGUCAGAAGAACAACUCCGACCACCAGUACUACAGCGGGAACUAUCAAAGACUGCCCACCAAAGACACAGAGAAGGAGGAUGGUGAGGAGGAGGAGGAGGAGGAAGAGGAGGAGGAAGAGGAGGAGCAGACCGUAGCAGAGCCUGUCGUGCCCACUGCUGCUGCUGUUGCUGCCGAAACCCAGGAGGUGCUCUCAGAGGUGGUGCCUCAUGAGGAAGAGAAACAAGACCUGAUGGAGGAAGAGGAGGAGGAAGAGGAGGAAGACGAAGAAGAGGAGGAGGAAGAGGAAGAAGAAGACGAGGAACACGGCUCCAACAAGGGCUCACCCACCGUCGUCAUCGAGCUGCGCUCUGAGGAGGAGGACGAGGAGGAGGAAGAGGAGGAAUACGAGGUCGAAGAGGAGGAGGAGGAAGAGGAGGAAGUGGACAGUGUCUCUCACAGGUCGGAGGUCACGGACGAGUCGGAGACGUACGACAUGACCAAGGGCAACCUGGGGCUCCUGGAGCAGGCCAUCGCCCUGAAGGCCGAGCAGGUGGAGCGGGCCGCGGAGGAGAGCUGCUCCUCAGAGCCCCUGUCCUACCACAGCCAGGACGAGAGGUCAAGCAAAGCCAGCGACAGCACGCCCCGCAGGCCGUUCUACGGGAAAGAGGGCUCUAGGUCUGACAAGAAGGAGGUCAAGUGUCCAACUCCAGGGUGUGAUGGCACGGGUCACGUGACCGGACUGUACCCUCACCACCGCAGUCUCUCCGGCUGCCCUCACAAGGACAGGAUUCCUCCAGAGAUCUUGGCCAUGCAUGAAAAUGUUUUGAAGUGUCCGACUCCUGGUUGCAAUGGUCAGGGACAUGUCAAUAGCAACCGCAACACACAUCGCAGUUUAUCAGGCUGCCCCAUCGCAGCGCAAAGGAAACUCGACAAGAGCCACGACAAGCUGCCGCAUGUUAGCCAGCCCUCAGUGAGCGAGCCGGCCAUCGCAGGAGGCCACUCCGACAGAGUGCUGAGGCCCAUGUGCUUCGUUAAGCAGCUUGAAAUCCCGCAGUACAGCAGCUACAGGCCUAACGUGGUACCAGCGACCCCUCGCGCCAACCUGGCCAAGGAGCUGGAGAAGUACUCCAAGGUGUCCUUUGACUAUGCAAGCUUCGACGUGCAAGUGUUUGGCAAGCGAAUGCUCGCCCCAAAGAUGCCUACCAGCGAAACCUCACCCAAAGCCUUCAAAUCCAAACCGUUCCCCAAAGCCUCGUCACCCAGCCACAGCCUAUCAGGAGGCUACGCCAAGAGCAGCUCGUCGUCGUCCUCUAGCGGUUACGACUACUCGCACGACGCCGAGGCUGCACACAUGGCUGCUACCGCCAUCCUGAACCUGUCCACGCGCUGCUGGGAGAGGCCUGAGAACCUCAGCACCAAGCAGCAGGACUCGGACGGCAAGGAAAUGGACGUUGAGGUGGACGAAAACGGGGCAGUGGACCUAAGCAUGAAGAAGCCCAAGAGGGAAGGAGUGCAGUCCCCUGACCCUUCCUCUUCAUGCUCCUCAUCCUCCCAGCAGCAAGGCGGAGUCACCUCGCCUCACUCCGCCCACACGUACAAACAAGAGGAGUGGGAGGGGCCUCUGGACUACACCAAGCCCCUCCACCAGAAGGAGGAGGAGCAGGAGGAGCCGGAGCACAGCACGCAGUCGUACGCCUCCUCCGAGGGGGAGGAAGAGGACGGCACGCAGGAGAGUCUGGAGGACAGGAAGUACCCCGGAGAGGUCACCACCUCCAGCUACAAGGUCAAGUUCUCCCCGAAGGACGCCAAGAAGGAGCUUCUGCUAUGUCCCACACCAGGUUGUGAUGGCAGUGGUCACAUAACAGGGAACUAUGCAUCACACCGCAGUCUGUCUGGCUGUCCUCUUCGCUGACAAGUCCUGCACCUCAGUGCAGCUCACACUGCUGAACUGAAAUGUCCUACGCCAGGCUGUGACGGAUCUGGACACAUCACAGGGAACUACGCCUCUCACAGAAGUUUAUCUGGAUGCCCUCGUGCCAAAAAGGGAGGAGUGAAAACCACCCCCACAAAGGAUGACAAAGAGGACUCUGAACUCUUAAAAUGCCCAGUGCCAGGCUGCGACAGCAUGGGCCACAUCAGCGGGAAGUACGCCACUCACCGCAGCGCCUACGGGUGCCCACUGGCUGCCAAGCGCCAGAAGGAGGGUAUGCUGAACGGCACCCCCUUCUCCUGGAAGGCCUUCAAGACAGAGGGCCCCACCUGCCCCACGCCGGGAUGUGAUGGAUCGGGCCACGCCAAUGGCAGCUUCCUCACCCACCGCAGUUUAUCGGGCUGUCCCAGGGCAUCGGCCAAUAAGAAGAGGGGCAAGCUACCUGGAGAUGAGUACAUCAGCAAGAAAUUCAGAGCCAGUGAUGUCCUGGAUAAUGACGAGGACAUAAAGCAGCUGAACAAAGAGAUUAAUGAACUUAGUGAGUCCAACUCAGAGAUGGAGAAUGACAUGGCCAACCUGCACACACAGAUUUCCUCCAUGGAGAAGAACCUGAAGAGCAUGGAGGAGGAGAACAAGCUGAUCGAGGAGAGGAACGAGGCUCUCUUCGUGGAGCUGUCUGGCCUCAGCCAGGCCCUCAUCCGCAGUCUGGCCAACAUCCGGAUUCCACAUAUGAAAGAGCCGAUGACGGAACAGAACUUUGAUUCCUACGUGGACACCCUUACGCACAUGUUUACCAACAAGGAGUGCUACCAGAACCCAGAAAACCGAGCCCUGUUGGAGUCCAUCAACCAGGCUGUGAAGGGCAUCGAGGUGUAAAGUGGAAGGCUGAAAAGGAGGCUGAACAAUCGGGGAAAAGUUGAGGUGAACGAGCUACCACAAGUACGGGAAGGGACAGAAGAAAGCAACAGAUCUGUGCUGUGUUCACCACGACUAAAAAACUAAAAAAAAGAAAAACAAAAAGAAAGAAACUGUGAAUUGGUAUUCAGGUCUGAUAUAUGUACGUUAUGUAGAUGGCCCUUCGUGUAAAAGAGAAACUGAUGCUUAUUUUUCAAAUAAGGACCAAAAUUCAAUGAUGCUGCUUUCUCAAAAAAAGUGUGAUUUUGGAGCCCCCUCUCCUUAUGGACAGACUUGACCUUAACAAAUGACGCUGAUUCUUGAACCCACUACCUGUUUGACUUUUAGAACAACAAUCGACCCUGGCCUGCCUUGCUUACUCUCCUCAGCGCAUGCAGGUUGUCAGGAGCAACAAAUUAUAUGUGUGUGUGUGUGUGUGUGUGUGUGUGUGUUUGUGUGUAUGGAUAUUGGUGGGCGUGAAUCUCUGUGUGUGUGCGAGCGCCUGUGUGUGUAUGUGUGUAUGUGUGUUUGUGUGUGAGUGUGUGUGAGUGUGUGUGCAUGUGUUGCAAUCUAGGGACAUGCCGAAUGACCCCCCUUUCUAAAUUGCUAUUAAAACAGACUUAGAAUGCAGCACUGCAGAGCCCUAUGUGUCUUGUACAAUAAUACUGUUGUCCCAUAGUUAGUGUAAAGGCAUUCCAUCUAGUAAUAUUUAUAGUAUUUAUGAGCAUAGACGUUGCACUUAUAUGAAUAGUUUGUAGUGUCAUUAUUAUUAUCAUGAAAUGAAUAUUUGGAUUGAUGAUCUGAGAUGUAAGUUUAAUAUUAUUUAUCAAUGUUAUGUGAUUGUUUUCCCUAUUUAUUCAUUAAUGUCUAUUUAUUGUCUUUAAUUUAUUAUUUUAUUUUUUUUACCGAACAAAAUGCUACACACGCCGUUUUUAUCUGUCAGUGAGAAGAAAGCAAUUGUCCUCUGUCGUGAUGUUUCAAAGGAGACAAUAUUUUAAAGUAUUAACAAUAAAUUGUUUUAUAUAUCUUUCUAUUUAUUUUAAAGAACGGGAUUUUUAAUCUCCUUUUUUAAGUGCAAAUAUUUUGUAACUAACAGCUUUUGAUAUUCUUUUUUAAAGGUUUUUUCUUUAUUUAAUCAGUUAUGUUUUCCAUAAAGUAUU